AUGACCGGACUGAACGUCUCCGUUUCUGCGGGUUGGUAUACCUACACCAACCUGGGUCCUAUCACAACCACCUUCACUCCAGCUCCCAGCUGCACUACGUCUGGCCGUGUUGCAGUGGGCUAUAUGAACACAGAUGGUGGUAAUCUGUACCUCGAGUAUUACACGGAGCCCAUUAAAGGGCUCAGCUUCAGCGGAUGUACGCCAACAUCGACACCAAGCAUCACCGCUACACCAACCUCGACCGGGUAUUUGACUUCGGAAGAGCAAGUUUCUGCCUUCUUAGCCGAACGGAUAAGCUGGAGGGCUUACGGUCAAUACUACUCUCCUGCCAUGUAUUGUCCCUCGGGAUGGGAGACAAUUGGUAUGGUCGGACUCGAUGCCAGCAGCUCGCUUACUUCUACAGAUGACGUGUACUACUAUAUGUUCAACUACGAGGAUAAGGCUUCCGUUCUGAAAGAUAUUCUUAAGCCAAAGGAAACGAUGGCUGCGUGUUGUCCCAGUGGUAUGAUAGCAGACUCGACGGGUCUUUGCUACUCUCUCGUCAAGGACUAUAAACCAUCCGUCGGCUACCAGGUUGCCGUAGGAUACAACUACCAAUAUGGCACGACCACGAAAGUAUUGACCGAGACAAGCGGCACUGAUACAAUCACCAAGACUCGAUACCAUGAAUAUGAAACGGGAACUACAUAUCAGACAGACACAUACACCGCAACUUUUGACCGGGCAGAGCAGUCUCCCCGCUACAGCGCAUUCUCUUACGCACCUGUCAUCACAAUGCUGUACCAUGAGUCUGAUUUGCACUCUAGGUCUGCAACAUCGUCGGCUACCGCUGAUUCUACAAGUGCUACCAAUGCGGCGGGCAGGGUCUCAGCUGUCACGUCGAUUUGGAAGGGACUUGGCUCCGUCGUGGGAGUUUGGGUUGCUGCGUCUGCCUUGGGGGCUGCUAUGAUCCUUCCAUGGUAA